AUGGUACACAUUGAUGAUAUUCGGAUAUGUGUUGCACAACCAGAAGAUGAACCGCGAGUUUUAGAUUUCCUGCGUAUUCAUUACUACCUCGAAGAGCCAUUGACAGUCGGCAGAGAACCCAAACAACAGGAUCGAGCCGAUGAAAUAUUCAAUAUAUCGAAUAUCGUCCAUGGAACAAGUCUGAUGGCGAUUCACACAGAAACCAAUUCCAUUGUUGGUGUCGUUUUGACCGGCCCCAAGGACCCCGGUGAGGCAGAUCACUUAUUGGAGGAAGCUGCCGUUGAGGGUUCCACCAAAUGGGGUAUUACCCUGAAAUUUUUAGCCAUGGUGGAGCGUGAUGCCAACGUAUUUCAACGUUACGGAGUUGACAAAGCUUUACAUAUUCAAGUACUGGCGGUAGAUGGGAAAAUGCGUGGUAAAAAUAUUGGAGGACGCCUAAUAACGGAAUUAGUGGAAGGGGGUAAACAAUGGGGAUAUGAGGUGGUAUCUGCCGACUGCACAAGUCAUUUUUCAGCCCGACUAUUGGAACGCCAGGGCUGGGAAUGUAUAAAUACCGUAUAUUACAAGGACUAUGUGGAUGCCGGUUUUUGUUGUUAA